UGCAAACCUCGCUUGGGCUCCUGUACUCUUGGACCCAUGUAAGGCUUCUCAGAUGGUGGCGUACCGAUAUAUCCCGACAGUCUUUGUUUCGGGCGCUGAAGGAGGAGACGCACCUCAGGUCCGAGUCGUGCUGCGAAUCUGAGAAGAGAACAACGGAAGAAGAUUGAUGAACGUUGUAUGUCGAUGUGGAUAGGAACAUACACCUCGGCCCUGGUCCUGCCAGUCCUAUUAACGAACAGGGGAAAUCGUGCGUCGAUAAGGUACAGGAAUUGUACGUGGAUCCAAUGUUCGAGGGAGAAUCAAACAGCCGAGAGGUGGUGCAUGUGCGGCGGUAUGAAAGGAAAGUGUACUUCAUAUGACCCUUGGAGCGGAUCUCAGGAUAGUAAAGAAGAAGACGGAAGUGUACACAGCAGCAUGAACAGCACAAGCGUACAUACAGUACAUGUCCGAAUAUGUGGCCGAGUAUCCGCGAGGUUAAGGAGACAUGUUGCGUGGCAAACAACCGUAUGAAAACUUGAGGGACGUAACGACCAUAUCGUACAGGUCGGCCUCCUCGCGAAAGCUUGUCCCUAUCAGAUCAAGUUGUUUUGAUGCACGAUAAAGAUA